AUGGUUGACGAAUGUUAUUCUACUCCAUUUGAUAUAUCAUGUUCUACUGUUCUUAUAACAGGUGGUUCUAGCGGAAUUGGCCUUGGUCUUGCACGUUGUUUUGUUCAAGCAGAUGCUUCUGUUAUCAUAACUGGUCGUCGUGAACAGCAAUUAAAAGAAGCUGUUGAAGAAUUAAAUAAUAUUGGAAAGAAAAAAGUUAUUUAUCGAAUAAAUGAUGUUGAAAGAAUAGAUGACCGAUUAGCUUUAUAUGAUUGGAUUACAAGUGAAUAUCCUCAAACAAAUAUUCUUAUUAAUAAUGCAGGUAUUCAACAGCAACAACCACUUUUUCCAAAUGAAAAUUCUACAAAAAGUAUUCCAUGGGAAGAACGAGAAAGAGAGAUUCAAAUAAAUAUAUGUGCACCAAUACAUUUAUCUCAAUUAUUUGUAACACAUUUUCAGCAAAUGAAAACAACAACAACAACAACAACAACAGCUAUUAUUAAUGUUUCUUCUGGUUUAGCAUUUACACCAUUAGCAUCAAUACCAAUUUAUUCAGCAACAAAAGCUGCAAUACAUUCAUUUACAAUGAGUCUUCGAUAUCAAUUAUCGAACGAAAUAAAAAAUAUUCAAGUUUAUGAAAUUGUACCACCAGCUGUACAAACGAAUCUUGGUGGAAAUCAUGCCUUUGGAGAACCACUCGAUGAGUAUUGUCAAGCAACAUUUGAACGUUUAAAAAAAGGUGAACAAGAAAUUGGUUAUAAACGUUCAGACAAAGCAAGAAAAAUGGCAUCACGUCAAGAAUUAGAUAAGCAGUUUUACAUGCUUAAUGAUAAUUUUAAAAGAACAACUCAAAAAGAUCAACACAUUAAUUAG